GCCCAGAACCAGCCGCCACCAUGUCGAGCAAACGUGCCAAGGGAAAGACCACCAAGAAGCGCCCUCAGAGGGCCACCUCCAACGUCUUCGCCAUGUUCGACCAGUCUCAGAUCCAGGAGUUCAAAGAGGCGUUCAACAUGAUCGACCAGAACAGAGACGGUUUCAUCGACAAGGAGGAUCUGCACGACAUGCUGGCCUCUCUGGGUAAGAACCCUUCUGAUGAAUACCUGGAGGGGAUGAUGAGCGAAGCACCGGGGCCCAUCAACUUCACCAUGUUCCUCACCAUGUUUGGAGAAAGGCUCAACGGAACAGACCCUGAAGACGUCAUCCGCAACGCCUUCGCCUGUUUCGAUGAGGAGGGAUCUGGUGUGAUCCACGAGGACCAUUUGAGAGAGCUGCUGACCACCAUGGGCGACCGCUUCACAGACGAAGAUGUGGACGAGCUGUUCCGUGAGGCCCCCAUUGACAAGAAGGGCAACUUCAACUACGCAGAGUUCACCCGUAUCCUCAAACACGGCGCCAAAGACAAGGAUGACGAGUAGAGGGAGGACGGAGUGCCUCAGGGCCCCCGCACACACACACUGCAAAUCAACUGCUAGCUCCUACCUUUAUGGACAUAAUAGGUUUAGAAGAAAUGUAUCAAAGUCUUUCAUAAAAGAGUUUCACUUAUUUAGAUUCAAACAUGUUUUUGAAAGGUAGGAGCUUGUGAUUUGUUUGGGAUCUAGAGUGUAUUUUCACAAUGUAUUUUUAACUAGUAUCAUCAUUGAAAGUUACCAUGAAGAGUGGUGCAUUUGAAUUUUGUAACUACAAGUCUACUGCGGCUUCAGACACUUAGACAGCUGAUUGGACGUUUUACAUUUGGAAUCUAACAUGUGCGUUUGUCUAUUUGUGUGUGCGGGGGUGUUUGUACAGUACCAGCAAUGUUUACCUCUUCCGGCCAAAUAGCUACCGCACCAGCACUGCAACAAGUCUCCAUAUCUGUAAUAUUUGUAUCCUUGUAAGCUAGAAAUGGAUAGAAAGAUUUCAUUUUGAUUGUGUUUAUAAAAGUGGUGAUCUUGAUGAAAUGUUUAGUAUAGCUUUAAGUCUAAACUCUUCCUACCAUCGGCUGGUUUUGUGUAUUUUUUAAAGGAUCAGGUAUGUUUUUGUUUUGAAGGAAUUCAGUCUUGAAAUGUUGUUCGGCUAAUAAAGUAAGUGUAUUCAUGCCAUCGUC